AACGUCAUCAUGGCGGACGUUGAGGCGAAAGUUCUGAAAUGCAAAGAUUAUUUAUUAGCAGAUUUAGAUGAUUCAAAGUUGCUGUAUGUACUGAAGAAACUUUCACAGCUGAACAUUACCAUAGAUAUUUUACAGAGCACAGGUAUAGGCAAGAUAGUUAACACAUUAAGAAAGCGAGAUGGAUAUGUGGCUGAAAGAGCCAGAGAAAUUGUUCAUAAAUGGAAAGAAAUGGUUAAAGAAGCCAGUAGGUUACAGGAAGAGGAAGAUGAGCAAAGUGACAAUAGUAAAUCUCAGAGUGAAGCUGAACAGUCAGCCAAUGAAAAUGAACAAUCUGAAAGCGAGGCAGAGCAGACAGCCAAUGAAAAUCUUGCUUAUAGAAGAGAGAGCAAACAUGAUGGAUAUGACAGUGAAGUUGAACAUUCUACUAGUGAAAAGGAAGACUGUAACAGUGAAAGUGAAAAAGAAGAUCAAGAUACCUAUGAACAUCACAGAAGAAACAAAAUUCAUUCUGACAGUGCUAAUAAUGAUAGUGAAAAUAAUAGGUCCAGCAGUGAACAUGAAAAAAGUUAUGAAUCUUCUGACUCUGAAAAAAUUUACAAGCAUAAACAUUCUUCCCACCACAAAUCUCAGGUCCAUGAAAAUAAAUCAAUAAAACACAGUAAUAGACAACAGUCUGAAUCCUUAAAAGACACUGAAAAACAUCACUCUGGAAGUAAACAUUCAAACUCAAAUAAAGGUAGGUACAUUGAUACAAGCUCAAGCUCAAGUAGACAUGAUCCAGGUAAGAAAACAGAAUCAGAAACUAAACAUGAGAAAUAUAGAGAGCAUGGGUCUAAGGAUAGGAAACAUAGCAGAAGUAUAACAGACAAAGGUGAAGAUGAACAUCAUUCUGAAAACAGGCAUGAUAAACUUAAACUUGAUUCAGAAAAAAAUAACAGUAAAGAAAAACAUGGUAGAAGUGCUAGUGAAUCUAGAAAACACAGCAGAAACUCCAAAGAUAAACAAAGCUCUGAACAAAGUGAAAAAGUCAGAAGCUCAAAAGAUCAUCAGAGACAAAGUCAUUCAGGGAAGGAUUCUCAUGUGUCUAGCUCUAAAGUAGAUUCCCAUAGUUCCAUUGAUCGUAAAUCAUCUACCUCAAAAAUGAUUGAUUCCGAAUAUACAAGCGGUGAAAAGUACAAGUCUCAUGACAAUAGAAAUUUAAGUGAUAAACUGGACAAAAAUAAAGAAAAGCCAUACAGAAAUGAAAAGCAUUCAGCCUUAAGUGAUACUAAAGAUAAAAACAAAGAAAAAGAGGAUGGACAUAAGCAUGCUAAUCAUAAGUCACAUAGCGAUAAGGUUACAAAGACUGAAGAUAAGCAUGAGCAUAGAUAUGAAGACAGAAAGUCAGGCAGUGAUGUUAGAAAAGUUGACAGACAAAAAGAAAGUAAAAGUCAUGACAGAAGUAGAAGUGAUAAACACAGUUCUCACAAAAAAGAAGAAAAUAAGCAUUCUUCUCAUCAUAAAGAUGAAAAACUGAAACAUAAAGAGUUGUCAGCAGUUAAAAAGGAGGUUAGUGACUAUGUUAAGACUGAAAAGAAAAGUUCCAGCGAAAACAAAAAGGAAAGGAAAAUAUCAAGUUCAUCUAGUUCAUCAGAUUUUAAGUCAAGGUCUGUUAGUAGAGAGUCAUCAAGGUCAAACAGUGUUGGUAGAGAAUCAAGGUCAAGAUCUCAUAGCAGGGAAAGUAGUAGGUCACACAGUGUGGAAAGUGACCUGUCUUUAAAACAGUAUCAGUCAGUAACAGAUGACUCCUCGGAGAGUUCAGAAGAGUCUUCUGACGAAUCUGCAGCUGAUUCAGAAAUUCAUUCCAAAAAGUCUCACUCAGAUCGACAUAAACACAGACACAGUGACCAUAGACACAAGUCUUCACACAAGUAUGGGAAUGAUAAGGGUCAGGAAAGGAAGUUUGAAUCCAGUGAUGGAAAACAUGGACAUAGAGAUAAAGAAAAAUCUAAAACUUCAGGAAGUGGUAGGAGUGAUGAAAAUAGUAAGAACAUUCGUGAAGGUGAAAGAAGUCAUAAAGUCAAAGAAAAAGAAUCAGACUUGGGCAAAAGUGAAAAACAUUCUGAUAGAACAGGAGAAUCACACAGAAAGAGUGAGCAUGACAAACACAGAAAGAGAAAGUAUCAUAAUAUGUCUGAGGAUGAUAAUAACUCUGAUGUUGAUAGAAGUAAGGACGGGUAUGAAAAAUCCCUUGAAUAUUCUUUAAAAGAUUCAAGGGAAAGUGGGAAACAUUCCGAAUCACAUUCAGGUAACAGAGACAAAUAUAGUAAAAAGGAAAGAGGUGAUGAAAGCUCAAAGCAUUCUGGUUAUAAAUCAGACAAAAAAAAUGAUGAUAAAAGAAAUAAAAGUGCAAAUAUUAAAGGUGUAGAUAGUAAAGAAAAGGUGUAUAGUGUAAGUACACAUCAUAAAAGCUCAAAAGACAAAGUCAGUGAUAGCUUUAAGCAUAAAAGUGCCAGUGAUGGUGCCAAUUCAAAAGACCCGCAAAGACGGUUCAGCAGCAGCUCAGGUUCACAUGAGAAACAUUCAGACAAGAGUUCUAAGCAUGUUGCUGAAUAUGAAUCUGAACACAAGAGCUCAGGUAAAACAUAUAUUUCAGAGAAUAAUUGUGAUAAAACUUCCAAGCAUAGUUCAGGGCAUAAAUCUAAAUCAAGUAGUUACAAAGACUCUACGAAAAGAAAAGAGUCCACUUCAGAUUUUGAAAAAAGCUCAAAAGACUAUGAAGAAAAUAGAUCAAGGUCUGAUAAAAGAGAAUCAGAGUCAAGAGGUGGGAAAAGCUCAAAGCACGAAGGAAGUAGCUCUAGAUCAGAUAGCUUAAAAGAGUCCAGAAAGAGUGAAGAGCAAAGCUCCAAAAGUAGAAAAGAUGAAAAACAUGGUGAUGAGAAGAGAUCUAAGUCUAGUGAACAUAAAUCAAAAUCUCACAGUCAUAAAAGUUCAAGUCAUAGUAAAGAAAGAACACAUGAGGAAGAUAAGAAACAAGAAGAUAGCAAUAAGCCCAAACAUAGCAAGAGCAUAAUUGAAAGUGAUGAUGAAACUGAAGCUGUUUAUAUGAAACACAAAAGUUCUCACUCACAAGAAAAUAAAACAAGUAAGGUUUUUAGCGGACACGGUGACCAAGAACAAAGAUCAAGUUCUAAGCAUAGAAGUUCAAAAUCAGAUGGUUGUUCGGAAUCUCAUAGUAGUAGUAUUAAAAGUAGCUCUGAAAAUAAAGACAGAAAAUCGAAAAGCAAGGAUAAAAGUAAUAAAAGUUCUCAUAGGGAAAAAUCUGAAAGAGAAGAUAGGCAUUCUAAAAGUCACAGAAGUCAGCAUGAUCUGGAAGACUUCGGUGAAAUAGAAGCUGAUUCUAAAGAUGAAAAAGAAAAACAUGGGUCAAGUUCCAAAAAGCAUAAACACAAACGUGAUAAAGACAGGGAUUCUAAAUCACAUUCUAAGCUAAGUAAAAGACCAAAGGUUGAACCAAUGGAAUUUGAAGACAUGUUAUGUUUUGAUAAUUCUGAUGCUGUUGUUACAGAAAAUGCUAGUAGUCCAAAGAAAAUAUUUGAAAAACCUUCUAAAGAAGAGGAAGAACAGAAAGCGAGGUAUGAUCAGAUAAGGUCAAAGUUCAAGGUGAAAAAGAAAUGGGAGUCAAAGACGGAGGGAUUAGGUGGAAAGAUUGAAGGUGUAAAGCGGAAAGCAACAGAUGGGCAAGAUUCUCAAGCAGCAAAAAGACAGAUGAGUGGUGAUCUUGCCAGUUAUCUCCCCUCCACACAAGCUCAUUACAGACCUUGGAGGUACAACGAAGUACCAGAUAAGUCAGCUGAGAGAAAUGAUCCAGCCGGUUAUCUGAUGUCGAAGAAUACAAGAACUGCAGUGUAUUCUGGGAAGAAACAGACUAUGGUAACAGAGAUGCAUUCACUGCAUGACAUGUGUAUCAAGGUGUUGCAGGACAAUAUUGACUAUAUUGACUAUGUUGGUGGAAUACCAUUCUAUAUCCUGAAACCUGUACUAGAGAAGUGUAACCCCAAACAGCUCUAUGAUUUAGAGGACUAUAACCCGCAUUUCCUAGAAGAUUCUGACUGUCUGUGGAAACUACACUGUGAGAGAGAGUUCAAAGGUGCCAAGCCUGAUGAGAUGGAAAGUUGGAGAGAACUUUAUCUGAGAAAAAUGGAUGAACGUGAACAAAAACUGAAGUCUAUCACAGCAAACAUAACUAAAUCCAUUAAGACUGCAGCUCCAGUUAGGAAAACUCAGCUUGCAUUUAUUGACCAUGUUGCCAAGCCACCAAGAGAGGUUAGACGUCAGCAGGCCAAGUUUGGAACAUCAAAUGUAAUUAUGAGUGGGGGAGAUGGCAAGAAGCACAAAUUUACUGGUGUAGAUAUGAUAGCAAUCGGCAGAGCUAAACAGCAGAUGGCUGAGAGAGCGAAAAAAGCACCAAUGAUGCAAAAGACUUUAUCACUGAUGAAAAAUGUGAAGAGAAGAUGAUGUGGAAAGGUGUCCUCUGUGUAACCUAGCUAGUUAAAUUCCUCUGUAACAGUUUGUGCUGUCAGGUUAUUGUUAGUCUUACAUAACAUCAUUUGGACUGUGAUAGCUGGCAGGUCAUAAUUGUUACAGAAUUGAAAUUUUGUACUGUGCCCUCAAGGUAACAUAACUAACAGAAGUCUCAGUGUAAAGUCUUGGAGGUAACAGAGUUAGCAGUAGUCUUCAGUGUAACAGUGUUAAAAAUUUUGUCUGUGCCUUCAGGAUAACACAACUAGCUGAAGUAUAUACCCACUGGAUUGAGUCUUUCAAGCAUGUUUGGAGUCCCAAAUGUAACAUCAUGAAGUGUAGGAGUAUUGAGUGUAACAAAUAAAAGAUGUCUGUAUUGACUAAUUGGAGGAACUUUCAUGCUCAGUAGAAAACAGUUUCAAUGAAAAAAAACAAGUUGAAUAAGACGUUAAGGUUCACAGUAACAUUUUUUUUAGCUGUUGAUGAGUCUUCAAUUAACAGGAUUUGUAUAUGAUUUGAUUAUCAGGACGGUGUAAAUGUAAGAAGUAUAAGAAAUCUGAAAUUUCAGUAUACAGAUUUCCCUAGUGGAAAAUAUGUAAUACACUUCCAAUCUAUAAGGUAUAUAUACACUCCCACAAUGAACAGGAGACAAAAAUGCAGUUUGGAGCAAAAAUAAAUAUAUAUUUAUACCAUAAU